ACGAGGUAGACGGUGGUGUUGUUAGUCUAAGAAAUGUGUGCGUAUUCAUCAUUUUUAGGAAGUUUUUUAUUACUUGGUGUUUUAAAAUAUCAAACGCACAAUAGUUUGAAUAUUGAAAAAAGCAUAACAACCUUACAACAAAUUUAUAAAAAAUCCUCUCCUUCGCUUGUGGUGAAAAACGGAAACAGUGAAACAACAUUUUUGAAUGCAUUGAGUAUAAAGGACAUAAAUAACGCACUUAAAGUUGUCACAAAUGAUUCAAUUCAACUUAAUAAAGUGAUACCGAAACUGUUUAAUGUUAAUGAUACAAAUCCAGUUUAUGUCUUCAGUCUACCACAAGAAACAAAAUAUAAUUUUCUCACUAUGCACAGGGAUGGGUUUAACGAUCCUAUAUUUCCAAAUUUAACAACUUCCUAUGUUCAAUUGAUGAGAAAUAAAGAAAAAAUAAGUGAAUACCUAAAUUCCAACAAUAGAAACCACCUUAAUGAUAAUGAUAUUUUGGAUGAGAGCAUAAAUUCGAAUUUAGUGAAAGAAGAUGAAUCAACCUUGGCUCUAAACUUACAAACUGAGCGAAGUUUUAUUGAUUUUUUAAACAACGUCAAUAAGAAAGAUAAUGAAGCAUCUAAUGAUUGGAGUUUGCUGGGACUGCAUGGAUGGCAAGGAAGUCUUUCAAGGAAUAGUGAUGAGAAACUGUCUUAUUUAAAGGACAAACCACAUCUUAAGAAGGAAGCUUAUUGGGAUCUACCAGGAAAAAUGGAAGUAUUGGCAAACAGUCUCUUAAACGGGAUGAAAAAUAACAAAUUUAUGCAAAUGGUUGAAAAUCUACCUUCACGAUCAAAGUAUCCUAUAACAAAUCAACAUGCUCUACAUUCAGACUCAGAUGUAUAUAUUGGGAGAGUAAAUGAUCCAUUUGGACACUCAACAAAAUGGAAUGAAAAGAACUCUUCAUCACAUACUGUUAUGGCAGACCGUAAGAAAAGAGGAGUAAUCGAGCUCUAUUCAAUGAUUAAGUGCUCAACAGGAUGUGAUCCAAUUAUUUUUAAAGGCUACGGUUGUUAUUGUGGAUUUUUGGGUGAUGGAUAUCCAGUGGAUGGGAUCGACCGAUGUUGCAAGGUGCAUGAUAAGUGCUAUGAAUACAGCAACUGUAUACCAUAUUUAGAAUAUUUUGUUCCAUACCUUUGGAAAUGCUACCGAGGAAAACCACUUUGCGCAAUCGAUCAUGGUGAGUGGGGAGGACCUCAUUCGUGUGCGGCGCGACUUUGUCAAUGCGAUUUGCAUUUAUCUAGAUGUCUUAGGCGUUUCGUUUGUCCCCAUCGAAGAGGUAUAUGCCGAACAUCGAAGACGAGAAUGCUCCAAAAUAUUUUACUUAACUUCUGAAAAAAUUAAUUCUUAGCUUAAAGAAAACUGUCUUGUGAUUUUUAAAAUGUGAUUUUGACGUAACGUUGUUAUCGUUGUGUUCAAGAAAUUAAAAAAAGUGCUGGGCAUAAUUUAUAUUUAUUUUAUGUUUUUUUUACUAUAGAAAUAAUAAGCAACAAAUUAAAAUACAAAAAUAAAUCUAAGUUUUUUCCUAUUAAAUUAUACAUAUAUUAUUUAUAAAAACAAAAAACUAUAAAUUUCCAUAAUAUAUUUUCGCUAUGUAUGUUUUUCAUCACGACACUAAAAGCCUUCGGUAUUCGCAACAAUUUUUUAAUUAAGAUGUUAUUAUGGGUGUUAUUAUUAUUAUGGCUUCACCUGACUUUUACGAGUUCAGCCAUAGGAAUUCAAUGGUCGCAUUCACAAAGCUAGUGGUUACGUAGUCAAAAUUCAACUAGCUUUGUGAAUGCAAAAUUUUACUACAAAGCUAGUUAAUCUUGAACUGCCAUAUUAUUGACAAAUGCAAAUAUUUAAAAUGAGAAACAAUUUUGAUUUGAUAUUUUUAACUUAUCUUUUGUGUUUUUAAAUUCAAUAAAAUCAAAUUUUAGACCCAAUUUGAAUGAUUCAUAUUUGUAUUUUAAUAUUGAAUAAUUUAUUUUAUUUUGAAUUCGUGUUACUCUACCGAGCAACUGAUUGUGAAACGUCAAAAUCAUUUUCCUAUAACUUUGUAGCCGAAUUUUUUACACUACGUCGCAGGGGAAAUUUCAACUACUUUUGUAGUUAGAUCUAGCCAAUCAGAAUCCCUUGACUACGUAGUCACUGGCUUUUUGAAUGCUACCAAUGCAUUCUAUCACAAUGGAGCUUAGACCUCACGUUUCGUUUGGCAAUCGUAAGGAAAAGAACGUAAUCUAACAUGACUCCAAACGGAAGCUCUAGUUCAAUUAUCUGAACAUUUGCUUUGUCUGACAGCUCAACAGUUUUCCUCAUAAUUGCACAUUACAAAAGUGGCUUUCACAAUUUAGAUACCCGUGGCUUGAAGGAAAAUAUAUGCGUAGGAUUGCCAAGCCAAAGGUACAUCUAAAGUUUUUUCUAGGGUACUGCCUCUAGCGCGAAAUUGACAAAUCCUCCAAGAGUAAUUCUUGUCAUGAAAAGUGCUUUAUCAUUUAGUCGUUUGGAUUAGGCUUAAAACUUUAGGUUCCUUCCAUCCCUGACAAUAUUACUCACACACGAGAAUGGUUGAGAACUGUAAGUCACUAGUCCCUAGUUUUCAACAUACUGGUUCGCCACCAACAAUGGGAUUCCAAUUAAGAAAGAAAAUAAAUAAAUUUAG